AUGUUGGGGCAGUGUGAUAUCGAACCAGGGUGUCGCGGGUCGUUUACGUACGACGCCGAAAAUGAUAAUUAUGUCGGUACCGAUCCAAGUUUGGCUAAAAUAAGCGAACGAAAGUCAGUCGGCACAUUGUUCGUUGAUACUUGCGUUGAAAAUCCAGCUAUCGGCGUUACACUCGGUGAUGCAAUGGAGAUCGAAAAGCAUGACUUCUGGGUGAAAUUUGCCUCUUCAAACGCCUUGGAAUCGAGUCUCAUCCCAACGGCCACAACUCUGGAAAGCUGCCUUACAGUGUGCAUGGAUAAUAUCGAAUUAUCCUGCCAACGCGGAUUUACGUGGGACUCGGUCGGUAAUAAUUGUUACAUCACCAUCGUCGAGGGCGAUAAACGGUUCUUUAAUCUCGGUAGUGGGCCGAAAGGAUCGACUCUUUAUUAUCCGUACCGCCAAUUAUCAAUGUACGAUAAUGUCAUGACGCUAGAGCCAGACGAAGAGGCAGGAUGUUGGAUCAUACAUAAAGAGAAAUUCAUCCUGUCCUCCAAAAAGCUUCCGAAUCGCUCAUCUCUUCUCCAGUGCAAAAUUGCCUCUCUAGAAUCCGGAUUGAACUAUUUCAGUUACAAUAACGGGAAAUCUCUCUGCUUCCUGCUAUCCGGCAAAUAUUCGAGUAGUUUAUUAAAGUACUCGACUUCGACCGAUAGUUACGAAUAUGAUCCGGUUGCUUGUAGCAAGAUAGUUUAG